AUGCGUUUUCAAAGCGACGUCCCCGAUUCCAGGCUCCCCAGCGGAACGCUCCAGACCCAUUCAGCCGCAGACUACGACUACGACUUCUAUAUCGAGUGCGAUGGCGCGCGAAUCGACGAAUACUACGUGAAGAAGGAGUGCAACAAUAUUAUGUCUUGUUUCGUCGCGAGCGUGCAAGGAAAGGCGAGUCCCACCCCCGAGCACCGCCUGCGGUGCAACAACAAGACGAACUGGUGGCUCGCAGUGCAGUGCAGCAUCGACGGGCGAUGCAUCGUCGAGAAGUGCGGGUGUCCGCCGCUGCAAGACAGCCCGGCCUUCCAGAUGCGCGCGGGGGUGAACCUGAUCCUGCCCUUCCUGUUCAAAGAGGUUGCCCUUGCCUCCCCCGACAUACAAUGGAUGGUCCCGGAUCCCAGCCACCUCGGCCUCAUCGAGCUUCGCGUGUGGCGCUGCAGAGCGGGGCAGGCGCGUCCUUGGCCACACGACUACGUGCAGUCCUCCGUCGACGCAGCGCUGUUCAAGUAUGCAGUCUUGGUGGGCGAGCAGAGUAAGGCGAUGCACUGCACAGUACUCGGUUCGCCAGAGCCUGUGCUUGACAACAUCCCGACCGCGAACCACAUCGUGCGUGUGAUCCAGUUCCUCGGCCAGCCCAUGAGCAGUGUACUCAACCAUGCGUCGUUCCCAAUAGAUAUGCUGGGAUCAAUACGUGCAAUGACACGGCCGCUAAUCCCUCAGCCGGUCGCUCCGACGCCCGUGAGGCUGCACCACGGCCAGCUUCAAGGGCCAUGGCCUCAGGCCCCCGGUCAAUACGUGCCUCGUCUCGGGAGCAGCGGCCCCCAUUUCCAGGCCGGACCGUCGCAAUAUGCACCAGUCGCACCCGCUGCGUCCCGGCCGAACAGUAUCAGCAGUGUGGGCAGCUUAGCCAGCGCGGGCCCGUAUCCCUUCCAGGCGCCGAGUCGCGCAGGGAGCAUCUACGCACCCUCUGAGGCCCAGUCCAUCGCAGUGCGGCCUCCGAGCAGCAAGCCGUCCAUCGGCGUCGACGGAGACCAAGAUGAGGACGACGACGACGCUGAGGUGCGCUCGUUGAAGACCGAGAUGAAGGUGAUAGGCUUGCAGGUGGAGGAGAUGUCUGAGGACAUGAAGGUUAUGAAGAGGCAGCUGGACCGGAUCGAGGCGAAGCUCACCCGCAUCGUCGACCGCCCCUCGCUCGUUGCUCGGACGCAGCCUGCAAACAGCACAUAA